AUGGCCAUACGAGCUCUUUCGGCUAUCGUCAAGGCUAUUACACCUCCCGUUGAGGUUCCCGUUCCCGUGUACCGCAAGGACUUGCCCCCUAUUGAAGAAUGCAUGUUACCCGAGAGUUUAAUGGCAAGAAAACAUGCAGCACACGCAGUCCAAACAUGGAAAAAAUUCAACCUCUAUUUUACGGCCCCUGUUCUCCUUCUCGUAACGUUUUUCACGAUUCCCAAAGAAAUAGCUCAUAUUCGGCACUUGCAAGAGCAUCCGAAAGAAUGGCAAAACUUUGUUUAUAUGCGUAAGAGGAAGAAUGCCUAUCCCUGGGGAAAUAGUAAUCUGUUUUAUUAUCCGAAUGCCAAUCCUAAACCGCCGGAAGAAGAAGAUGAAGGGAAUGAGUAA